GGAAUGAAGGGGAGGUGUUCCCAGCACCUUGGUGCAAUAUUCCCUGCCGGCCCUUUCAAUUUUCUCCCCUGCUGACAGCAGCUCUCCCCUUCUGCUUCCUCUUUCUCCCCCCCGCUCAGCUGAUUGGAACAGUCCCCUCCUCCAGUCCGUCCUCUGUCUGUUCGCUGCGUUCAGCUGACAGCAUCUUCCCCAGUUCCCUGGCAAAGGAGCGCAUUGGGCUGCAGCACUAGCGGAUCAGAAUGGCACCGAGCGGACUGAAGGCGGUGGUGGGAGAGAAGAUUAUGCACGAUGUCAUCCGGAAGGUGAAGAAGAAAGGCGAGUGGAAGGUGCUUGUUGUGGAUCAACUUAGUAUGCGCAUGCUGUCGUCCUGCUGCAAGAUGACAGAUAUCAUGACCGAAGGGAUUACUAUUGUUGAAGACAUAAAUAAGCGUAGAGAGCCCCUUCCCAGUCUGGAGGCAGUGUAUCUGAUCACACCCUCAGAAAAGUCUGUUCACUCUCUCAUCAGUGACUUCAAAGAUCCUCCUUCAUCUAAAUACAGAGCAGCACACGUCUUCUUUACUGACUCUUGCCCAGAUGCUCUUUUUAAUGAGUUGAUCAAAUCUCGAACAGCCAAAAUGGUCAAGACCCUGACGGAGAUAAACAUUGCGUUCCUUCCCUACGAGUCACAGGUCUUCUCCCUGGAUUACCCAGACUCCUUUCACAGUUUUUACAGCCCUCAUAAGGCUCAGAUGAAAAACCCAAUUUUAGAACGCCUUGCAGAACAGAUUGCCACCUUGUGCGCCACCUUGAAGGAGUACCCAGCUGUGCGCUACCGUGGGGAUUACAAGGACAAUGCAAUGCUGUCACAGUUGAUUCAAGAUAAACUGGAUGCUUAUAAAGCUGAUGAUCCAACAAUGGGAGAGGGUCCAGACAAAGCUCGUUCCCAACUCAUCAUAUUAGAUCGGGGUUUUGAUCCGGCAUCGCCAAUUCUGCAUGAACUGACCUUCCAGGCUAUGAGCUAUGACCUGCUCCCUGUGGAAAACGACGUAUACAAAUACGAGACCAGUGGUAUAGGGGAUCAGCGAAUGAAGGAAGUCCUGCUGGAUGAAGAUGAUGACCUAUGGGUCACCUUGCGCCAUAAGCACAUUGCUGAAGUUUCACAGGAAGUGACCCGCUCUCUGAAGGAUUUCUCAGCUAGCAAAAGAAUGAAUACCGGAGACAAAGUGACUACCAUGAGAGAUCUUUCCCAGAUGCUAAAGAAAAUGCCUCAGUAUCAGAAGGAGCUGAGCAAGUACUCUACACAUCUGCAACUGGCUGAGGACUGCAUGAAGCAUUACCAGGGGACCGUGGAUAAACUGUGUCGUGUGGAACAGGAUUUGGGUAUGGGCACAGAUGCAGAGGGAGAAAAGAUUAAGGAUCCCAUGAGGGCCAUUGUCCCUAUCCUACUCGAUGGGAACGUCAGCACCUACGAUAAGAUCCGCAUCAUUCUCCUGUAUAUAUUUCUCAAGAAUGGAAUCACCGAGGAGAAUCUCAAUAAACUGAUCCAACAUGCUCAGAUUCCUCCUGAAGACAGCGAGAUUAUAACCAACAUGGCCCAUUUAGGUGUCCCGAUCAUAACCGAUUCCACACUGCGUCGCAGAAGCAAACCAGAUCGCAAGGAGAGAAUCAGCGAGCAAACCUAUCAGUUGUCUAGAUGGACCCCAGUUGUCAAAGACAUCAUGGAGGACACCAUCGAUGACAAGCUGGAUACAAAACACUAUCCUUACAUCUCUACCCGCUCCUCCGCUUCUUUCAGUACCACAGCUGUGAGUGCUCGUUAUGGACACUGGCACAAGAACAAGGCUCCAGGAGAGUACCGAGCAGGCCCGCGCCUGAUCAUCUUUAUUUUGGGAGGAGUGGCUCUCAGUGAGAUGCGCUGUGCCUAUGAGGUGUCCCAGGCUAGCGGCAAGUGGGAAGUCCUGAUAGGUUCCACUCACAUUUUAACACCCACCAAAUUUCUUGAAGACCUCAGACACCCAGACUUCAGAGACAGCAGUCGGGUGUCCUUCGAAGACCCGGCUCCCAUCAUGGAGUGAGGUCUAACAAGCUGGGACAAAUAAAAGCUCCACCCACAUUCUGACCCCUCAGAAACUCCUGGAUUCUCUGAAGCGAUUGAAUAAAACAGAUGAUGAGAGCAGCAGUUAGAUUCCUCUGUCUGCCCCUGUGGUAUCCCGCCCUGACCCACAGCUCCCCGUGACUUCUGAUGACCAAAUGGUCUCCAUCUCCCUCCUGCAGGGAGGGGAAAAGGCCCUUCCUUCGGGACCUCCACUCCUUGUUUACACAAUAGCGCAUACUCUGCGCAUGAAAGAGGCUUUUAACGUUAUAGCAUGGAUGUCAUGGUGGCCAAUUUGUAAUUCCCUACAAUUAUUUAAAACUUGCUUUGUGUACGCUCUUCUUCCUUACCCCCUAUUUGUCCUGGAGUUUGUGGUGAAUGUUUUUCAUCCUUGGUUUUUACUUAGCUGGUGCAUUACAUUUUGGGCCAUGUGGAUCUCUUUCUUUACUACCUGCCCUGCAACUUAUUCUGUCAUUUGUGUUAUUUUCUAAAGUGUCUGUGUGGAAGCAGAUGCCGCCUGCUCUUCCUCACGUCUGAACCUUUCAUGCAAUCCAUUCUGGCUUGAAGUGUGGCCUGGUUUUUCCCUGCCUUAUCCUUCAUGCAAUGCAUUCUGGGUUUUAGUGUGGGUGGGUUUACCCUUGCCUCAUUUUCCAUGCAAUGCAUUGUGGGUUUUAGUGUGGGCAGGUUUACCCUUUGCCUCUUCCUUCAUGCAAUGCAUUCUGGGUGUCAGUGUGGGCGGGGUUACCCUUGCCUCAUCUUUCAUGCAAUGCAUUCUGGGUUUUAGUGUGGGCAGGUUUACCCUUGCCUCAGCUUUUUAUGCAAUGGAUUUUGGGUUUUAGUGGGUGGGUUUACCCUUGCCUGAGUUUUCAUGCAAUGCAUUCUGGGUUGUAGUGUGGGCUAGUUUUCCUUGUUCUGAAAUCCUGUCAGAUAAUUGUUUCCAUUCCUGCAUUUGCAAUGCACUACUGCCCACAAUGCAUCUCUAUCAAAAGCUCCACCCCCCAACCAUUCUUGAUUGCAGUGCAUUCUGGUCUAUAUCUUUUCUAAAUUAUUUUAGGAACAACCUAAAUAAAAUAUGCUUAAAUCACCAUCCUUAUAGGCAUAAUAUACCUCCAGAGGAGCAUGAGGUAAAUUAAAUGUGAAGAAUCUCUAUCCACCUGAGACUGGAAAUCUGUGGAUUGUGGCAAAUACCAGAGGGUAAGACGCUGUAAGAUGCCAUAGACAGUCACUGUUUAUUGGGCUGUUAGGGUUCUUUUGGGGCCUCUCUGGACUUGAAGGGCCUAUUUUGAAUCCAAGAUCAGAUCUGUCCCCAGUUGAAAAGCCAAAAUCAAUAGUUCGGCACAAUGUUGUCACAAUGUUGUCAGUACAGCCACAUGAAAUACAAUAUAUUGGUUUACCUGUAAAAUGAAAGAUUCAGUUGUGGAGCACAAAAGAUAAAGAUGCUGGAGACCCGUUUCAUAGACAGAUUUCAACCUCUUUUUUUGACGGGGGCAUAAUAUGCAUUUAAUUAUCCCUAUUGAAUGAACCGUCUGCAUCGGGUAUCCGUUUCCUUGUGCAAACGUACCCCCCUAAAACAUGAAUUUUUCAGGCACCUGCUAAGGAUUCCUACAUUCCACCCACCUAAGAAAUGUAUCUUGUUAAGUGUUUUGGAAAUGCUUGUUUCUGUGUUUGAAUGAUUCCCCCGUAUAUUCCCCACAACGACCACUCCCGACCUUUAUACCAUCCCCCUGAGUCCAGCUGAAAUGAACACUUGCAUCCAUGUUGUGUGUAGCAACCUAGUUGUCCGAAUUUGGUUCUGUCUGAUAAUUAUAUAUAAAUAUAUAUACAGAGAUAUUUAUGUUUGUAGGUCAGAGGGGUGAGGCUAAGGACUUCAGUUCAUACUCAAAGGGGUCAUCCUCAAUGUCCCCCUUAAUAGCAAGGGAAUUUUAUUUUAUUUAAAUAUUUAUAUUU